AGCCAAUUAAAAUUCUAACAAAAUAAAUCAGAAGAUGCACUCGCAAACAAUAACGUCUUGGCCUAUUAGCAUAUUCAACAUUUUGGAUUCUCUAAAGAAAACAAACUUGGAACCUGAUUUUGAUUAAUAAAUCAGCUAGUUGACAAACUAUAAAAGUACCACCGAGAGAUUUUGGAUUAUCAGUACUACCACAACCGAGAUCUACUUACGUAGUCAAAAAUAAAAAGUUGGUCAAAUAGAAAAAUGAGUAAAAUUGUGCUAAUUCUUCUCGUGGCCAUGGUCAUGGCAAUUGCCCUCGUCAAAGCUAAUCCAGUACCAGAAGCAGAACCACACUUUGGUCUAGGCUAUGGAGGCUAUGGAGGUGGCUAUGGAGGUUACGGAGGUUAUGGAGGUUAUGGAGGCUACAGAAGUUAUGGAGGUUAUGGAGGAUAUGGCGGUUAUGGAGGAUUCGGUGGAUAUCGUGGAUACGGAUUAUACUAAGUGUUACCAUCAUCCACGUGACUAAGAUUUGGUUUGAUUUUAUUUAAAUUUUAUAUUUUAUUAAAAACUACUAUUGAUUAAGAAGA